AGCCGCGCGCAGGCGCAGUGCGUGGCGGGCGGGCGGGCGGCCAUGUCGGUGCAGGAAGACCCGGUGCAGCGGGAGAUCCAUCAGGACUGGGCGAACCGUGAGUACAUCGAGGUGAUCACCAGCUCCAUCAAGAAGAUUGCGGACUUCCUUAACUCCUUCGACAUGUCGUGCAGGUCCCGGCUCGCCACGCUGAAUGAAAAGCUGACGGCUCUGGAGCGCAGGAUCGAGUACAUCGAGGCCCGGGUCACGAAGGGUGAGACGCUGACAUAAACCUAAUGCAGCCCUGGGUCCCCUCCUGUUGCCAUCAGAGAGCUGCCACCCUGCACCAGGGUCCGCUGUCAUCUCUGCGCAUGUCACCAAUAAACCGCUGUGCUCCUGCCCUGACUGCUCUCUGCCUGCCUGGAGCCGGGCCACGAAGUGUGGGCUGUGCAGCUGCUGUAGUCAUCUCA